AUUUUGAGCCGCAGAGCCGCGCCCGCGAGUCAAGCGGGAAUUGCAGCUGGCAAGCGUUGCGCAGCGCUAAAAAGCGUUCAUUCUUAUUUGCGCGCAAGCGGGCCGGCCGCCGCAGCGUCGACGCGCACCCGAACCACAGGACCAGGAUUGCUCGCCGCGCGGCGCGCGUCCGGACGCGCGCGCGCCUGCGAUCAAAAAAGCUCGCCGCAGCGCGGACGAACCGCCGACGCCAUGGCGACGGAACCGGACACGGCCGACGACGCCGCAAUAGCUGCGGCAUUAGCCGACGAGGAACCACCGUCGAAGAUGCAAGAGGUCCUCGACUUCGAGAAGAGAAUCGAUGGCGACGAUUUCGUCGGGUGCCGAUUACGACACUACUGGGCGGGGGACAACGCCUGGUAUUUCGCGCGCAUCCUGACGUUCGACCACGAAAAACGACUACAUAUUGUACUGUACGACGACGGCGAAGUCCACGAAGUCAAUUUACUAGAUAGCAACGAGCUCUACAUGAUCGGAAGGGGCUGCUACGUCGUGAAGAUGCCGGGCCAUUCGCCGUGGCCCUGCAUGGAGUGGGAGUGCUGCCAGGCGCUCGAGGACGCGGGCACGAUGCGCAUGUGGAAUAGACGAACACCGAACAAGAUGUUCAUCAUCUAUUUCGGCACCGAGGAGCAAGGCUUAGUUCCCGUAUUAUCGGAUGAGGACUACGCCGAGCAGCCGAAGAAGAAGAAGAAAGUUGCUACUACUCAGAAGGUGAUGGUCAAGCCGUACAUCUCUGGGGAUCGCAGUCAUGCUGGAUUGGGCACGAUCCUGAAACAGAAAGGGCGGAAGGCUGCGGAGCUACGAGCUGCCUUAGAUGAGGCGGAUCUAGAGGUCGACCUAGCCAAACAAACGAGGGAAGAUUGGAGGGUGGGCAAGUCCGUGCCUACCGAUAUCCCGAUCCAUCGGUGGUCGGCAGCAGAUGCUGCUGGACCCGUAGAUGUGGCUCAAUUGAGCGUUGCGGACCCGGGCUAUGACGUCAUCGUCACUACUUCGUCGCUGAAGCGACCGGCGCCUACUGAAAAGCCGUGCGCGAAAUGCGGCGGCUUGGACCUGGAUCUACAUAGCAAUGCGGCCGUCUGCGUGACGUGUGACAAGGCCUACCACUUGCACUGCUGGGGCGGUCCCGAGAUCCUAAGGCCACCUCUGACCCAAAAGAACGGCCACCAGUGGCGGUGCGCGGACUGUCUGCGGUGUGCGUCCUGUAGCAAGACGCAAAGGCAAUGUGGUACCUUCAAUAAAAUUAGCAAGCACAAGUUGGAUGGGCGCGGCGAUUCGGACCUGUGUAAAGAUUGUGGUAUCGACUACAAGGCGGGAAAGUACUGUCCUAGUUGCGGAUUAAUCAUACAGGAUACGGAGGCGGACCUGUUGAUUAAAUGUACUAAUUGCAAACUGUUUACGCAUGCGGGUUGUGAAGGGAUUGGUCAAGAAGAGUACCUUACGAUUAGGGGGAAGACGCACCCGGUCCUCGGGCGGCAGUUCCUGUGUGCGGGUGGGUGCGCUAUUCGGAAGACCGUUACUCUCGUCAACAAAAUGAAGGCCUGCGACAAGUUAGGAUUAUUUGCGAUUCCUGUGGAUGAUACGAUUGCUCCUACGUACCGGGAGGUCGUGAGAACACCCAUGGAUUUAUCUACGAUGCAUGCCAAAGCUCGCGAAGGGCAGUACCGCUCUACUCAAGCGGUGCGCGACGACUUUGAAUUGAUGUGCCUGAACGCUAUUAGGUUUAAUCGGGCCGGUUUGUGGCGGUGUCUCGUGAACGACCUUGAACUUGAUCGAUGGCGUCCUCGCGAGACCGCCGUCGACGUGGUCGCGUCGAUGGCGUGAGAACACGCCGCCGCGGCGCCGAUGAGGCCGUCGUCACGCGACCACCGCGACCACGAGAGCGUCGCCGCGGCCCGCGAAUGAUCAUUGAACAACACACAGGCGACAAGAUCUGGAAGGAGGCCGCGCGCUUCUUCGCCGAGGUGUCCCAAAUGUUCGAGGAGCUCGUAACGUACGAGGUCCGAGACGACCAGGAGAUAGAGCACUGUACUUCGGUGCUAUCCGCCUCGGGUCUCAAAGUCCAAGAGAAGAAGGCCCACUACGAUAAGGUGCAAGCUACGAUCAAGCGACAUAAGGCGAAUACCGUACUGAAAGAUAGGAUCGCGGGUUCAGCCGUAGGCAAGGUCCUCAAACUAGAAAGGUAUGUGUGUCGGGAUGCCUUGCCCUGCGUACCGACGACGGAAAUCUCCUUCAUCACGGAGGCCAAUGCUCGCUCGUUAGCGUGGCGUGAUUUAUGUCUCAUCUGCGGUUCGUCAGAAUCGACCAUCCUGCCGGGGGACGACCGACGGGCGGGCGCGUUCGUGUUUUGCUGCGACUGCGGCGAGGCCUACCACGGCGCCUGCGCGGCGUGUCCGCCGAACCUCCCGAACUGGGCCCUGGCGACGUGGCGCUGCCCGAACUGCAAACUCUGUGAGGCUUGUGGCGUCUGUGAGGACAACGACGAAGCUUCAUUAGUGUAUUGUGACGGCUGCGACAAGGCUUAUCACUUGCAUUGUUUGGAUCCGCCGCUCACGGCCCCGCCGCCGGGCAAGUUCUUUUGCGACUUGUGCGUCGAGUGCCAAUUUUGUGGCAGACACACGUCCCCAGACCCCUCGAAGCCGACUUAUAGUACGAGACGGGACGCCUGUUCGGAUUGCAUGAAAUCACAGAAACAGGGGUCGGUGCAGUACUACCAGCGGAUGCCUUUGCAUGGCAAUUGUGGGGCUCGAGGCGAUUGUCUUAUGUCGAGGUAUAGAAGGUCGUCCCAGGGCUAUUUACGCGGUCGGGACCCCGUCGCGUGCGGCUUCUGCGGCCAGGGCUACCACGGCGAAUGCGCGGAACAGUACCUCGGUUACUUGGAGGAAGGCUCGCCUCCGGCCUGCCCGAGGUGUCGAUCUGAUCCCGCGAACGGUAUGUUCGAGUCGCACUUAGGCGAGGGCGAGUUCGCCUACACGGCCGCCUGCAAAGUCUCAGAUGUCCAGAAACAACGGAAACUGAGACGAGCUCGACGGCCGGACGAGGUACGAGUGCCCAUCCCGAGACCCGCGAAUGGUGUGAGUGAUAGACAAUUGUUCGGCACCGACGAUUUGAGAGAGAUCUGCCUCUCAAAAUAUAAAUCAGAGGACUAUAGAAUAUGUGAGCUCUGUAAGAGAAACGGUGAUUGUGCGUUCGCGGGAAGGCUAGUACCGGUGCGAGACCGAGAACUGAAAAAAGUCGAGGAGUCGAACACGAUCAAGCCAACAGGCUUAGUCUUGGACUACUGGGUCCACGCGAACUGUGCUUUAUGGUCUUCUGAGGUCUACGAACACACUCGACUCUUCAGACACGUCCAGGACGCGACGCGACGAUCCCGAAACCUGAAAUGCACGCACUGCCACAAACCGGGCGCGACGAUGGGCUGCUGCUCGACGAAUUGUAAGCGGAACUUCCAUUUUCGGUGUGGUGCUCAUGCCGGUGCUGUUUGUGUCGGCGGCUCGCACGUCUUCUGUUCGGAUUGCGCCUCAGGCGCCAGAGCGCAAGCGCGACGCGAGAAGAAGAACGCUACAUUGUUAAAAAAUGCCACGGAAGCCGCCAUCGCCGUUCGGAAAGCCCAGGCCCAGCUCAAGGGGAUCCGCGCCGGGUCGGAGGUCAUCGUAACAGCCGAUACGGACGGCGACCCCGCUACUCGUAGAGUAGGCUCGCGCGCGACCGUUGUUGUUGAUGAAAGCUUAGAAGGACGGGGCGUCAUUCUGAGAUACGCCGGUGACGGUGGUCGCCAUACCUGUUCAGGCAACGGACUGGAGGUCUUCGCGGAAGUGUCGGAGUUACCACCUCCCGGUGUUCCUCUCCUACCGGAGAUCGAAGCGCCUCCCGAUCAUUUGCAGACGCCGCUAGCUACGUAUCUGGGAGACGUCGCCGGCGCCAUCCGAGUGGCCUCCAACUUCGACGGGAAACGAAAAAAAGGGGAAAAGGCGGCCAUGUCGUCGCAGGAGGCCUACGAAGCGGAAAUGAAGGCGCGGAAAGAUGACCUGAUCCGGGAGGAGCAGGAAGCGAAAGAACGAGAGCGAGAAAGGGAGAAGGCUAGGGAGCGCGCGAAGAAGUCGAGGAAAGGUAAAAUACCGGAAGGCGGCACCGGCCGAGGCAAGCGCCAGGUCAAGAAGAAGACCUACGAUUUGGACGACGUGCUCGACGAGCCGAAGAAGAAGAAGACGCGCGGCAAGAAGAAGAAGGAAGAGCCGAAGCUUCCCGUGGAGAGUGCGGCGGUGCAGGCCCGGGCGCAGUGGCUCGAGGACCGGACGCGCAUGUCGUUAGCCUUGCAUCCUCAAUUUAGAAUAGGUGCUCUCUCUAUCUUUCGGUUGGGCGAAGCUGCUCCGGCCGGCUACGUCGGCUUCCAUACCUCAGACAGGAUCUUCCCGUUGAACUACCGGGCUUGUAGAAUUUUCUACUCCUUUACGCGUAACAAUUGCCGAACACUGUACAUGUGUCGGGUUGCUGCCGCUCCCGUUACUGUGGGAAGAAAGUUACAGUACAAGGCGCAGUUCAUUAUUCAAGCCGUCGACGCGCCCACGAUCCCAUGUGUGGGCGACACUGUUGGUGAGGCCGUCGGGGAAGUUUUACGACGUGUUAGGAAUUUGAAGGAGCAAAGUAUGUGGAAGGACCGCGUCAAAGGCGGGCGGCAUCGCUUCCGGCGGAAGGCGCCUCCUUACGGGCUCUGUGACGACGGUUCUGGUUUCUUCGGGUUCUCGUUGCCAGCUGUACGUGCUAGGAUAGAAACGAUGCCUAGAGUGACAUCUUAUGCUUUAGAAGCUGAAUUGAUGCCCUUAUCGGAUCGGAAGAACCUCCAUCAGUUAGAGGCCCAGGAACGGGGUAAAAAUAGUAGAAGAAUUAUCUCGUAUCGCUUCUGUUAUGUCAGACCGACGCCCCACGAUAUUCUACUGGCUCAACGGCAGGCCGCGAUCAGAGAUGCGCAGGUCAAGCCGGCCAUUUCCGGUUCGGCGCGAUCCGAGCCUCGCGACGCGAUCGACGACAUUGCUAGACGCUCGAGGAUCACGCGCGCACUAGCCCAAGCCGAGGAGGAUUUAGAACAGGAAAAGGCCGAAGCGUUAGAGGCUGGAAGGCUGCGGGAAGAGCGCCAAGCUCGCUUAAAUAAUGCGGUCGUCAAGUCGAGAAAAGGGUACAUAGAAGAAGUUAAGGAGGGUUCGAAGGAAUGGGCGGCCCAGAAGUACCGCGAGUUGCGAGCCGUGCCCGUGCUUGAGCGACUGGCCGUGCGUCGCAGUCAUAUCCACGGCUGGGGCCUCUAUACAAAAGUCGACGUUAGUAAGGACGAUUUCAUCAUUGAGUACGUCGGCCAGGUCAUUCGGAAUAACAUGGGCGACAAGCGGGAGGAGUACUACGACAAGGCCGGGGUUGGGAGUUGUUAUUUGUUUCGGUUGGACGAGGACUGCAUUGUCGACGCGACGCGGCGAGGUCACAUCGGGAGGUUCAUCAACCACUGUUGUAGUCCGAAUGCGUAUGCGAAGACCGUGGAAAUAGGCCCGCACACGCGGAAGAUCGUUAUAAUAGCCUUGAAAGACAUCAAGGCGGGCGAGGAGGUCAUGUACGACUACAAGUUUCCCAUCGAAGAUGAUAAAAUACCGUGCUACUGCGGCGCGCCGAACUGCAAGGGGACGAUGAACUAAUUUGGGCGUGGAACCGUGGACACGCCGGGGCGCGGAGGACGAUCACGAAUAUAGGACUAAUAUUUA